GUUUCGACCAGUAUACUAGAGGUUUGUGUGCAGGAGUUGUGUGUAGCUCCACUGUUUUUUGCGUUUCAUUUAUGGCCUGCAGUGUCCUUUAAUAGAUUUUUGAGCAAGAAUGGCAGGACAGUCAAUUAAUGAUCGAUUGACAGCUGCACGUUAUAGUAUCGCUGGACAGGGAUUGGCUAAAUCCGUCUGCAAAGCUACUACAGAAGAAGUUAUUGGCCCUAAAAAGAAGCACUUGGACUAUCUGCUGCAAUGCACCAAUGAGCCAAAUGUGUCGAUUCCUCAGCUGGCAAACCUCCUGAUUGAGCGAACUCAGAGCCAAGCCUGGGUUAUUGUUUUCAAGGCCUUGAUCACUGUGCACACUCUCAUGUGCUAUGGCAAUGAGAGAUUCACACAAUACCUUGCAUCGAGCAACUGCACGUUUAAUUUAUCCAAUUUUUUGGACAAGACUGGAGCAUCGGAUCACCCACAACUCAGUUAUGACAUGUCAACGUUCAUACGACGCUAUGCCAAAUACAUCAACGAGAAGGCCUUGUCUUACCGCACUGUGGCCUUUGACUUCUGUAAAGUCAAGCGUGGGAAGACUGAGGGUUCAGUGCGCAUGAUGAACACAGACCAGCUGCUGAAGACGCUGCCGGUGCUCCAGCAGCACCUUGAUGCGCUCCUUGACUUUGACUGUACGGCGUCUGAGCUCAACAACGGCGUCAUCAAUGCCGCCUUCAUGCUUCUCUUUCGGGACCUCAUACGCCUUUUUGCCUGCUAUAAUGACGGCAUCAUCAACCUUCUUGAGAAGUUCUUUGAGAUGAACAAGAAGCAAUGCCGCGACGCGCUCGACUGCUAUAAGAAGUUCCUGAUCCGCAUGGACCGUGUGUCCGAGUUCUUGAAGGUGGCAGAGUCGGUCGGCAUGGAUAAGUCCGAGAUCCCUGACCUGAAGCAAGCCCCCAGCAGCCUUUUGGAUGCCCUGGAAGGACACCUUGCUUCGUUGGAGGGCAAGAAACCUCCCACGGGAACCACCAGCAACGGCACGAGCGCAGUGGAAGACUCCGGUGCUUCAAUUUCCGCGGUCAGCGACACGACAUUUGCGCUGGACGAGGUGACGAAGCAGCAAGCUCUUGCUGAGGAGGAAGCCAUGUAUGCCCGACUCAGAGCAGAGGCUGCGAAGAACAAUCCAUUUUUGAGCUCGCCUGACGCCGCCCCUCAAGAAACUGCAGCCGUCAUACCCAUUGAAUCAUCAGCACAGAUAGACAUCUUCUCAGCUGAGCUAGAGGCUCCUGCAGCUCCUGCAUCAAGCAAAGCUUCAGACGACCUCCUGCAACUUGCUGGCAACCCUUUUGCCGACCUCAUAGCAGCAACACCUGCUCCCUUCGUUCCCCAGCCGGUGCCACAGCAACCCCUCAACGUCCUCGGUGGCCUGGGGGAUAUUCUGACUCCUGAAAGCGGCUUGUCGUCCACCAACACCGCCGUGCCCCCUCUCAUCGGCCAGGCUCCUCCCGCUCCCGCUAAGCUCAUAAGCGGUGACCUGGAUUCCUCCCUGUCAUCAUUAGUGGACAACCUGAACAUCAAAGGCCCCGCCGUCAAGACGCAGUGGUCAUCACCCAAGACUCCCAACAAGACUGGGGGUGCCACGUGGACUCCUCCACAGCCCACACAAGUAAACUUCACCAAGCCUAUGAUGCCUCCUCAGUUUCCUGCUGCUACAGGAGCUCCUAUCAUGCCCAUGGGUGGAAUGAUGCCCCAAACCAUCCCAACUUCCCAGCCUCAGCAACCUGCGGCUGCCUUUGACCCCUUCAGUGCUCUCUAAAUUUCUUAAAACGCAUGUCUAUGUUAGCCGACUAACUUGCUUCCUACGUAGUGCCAGCAGCAAACUUAUGCAGCUCACUCCCGCUCCUUCUGUUAAAUUCGACGGCAGACUUUCACUGAACAUGUGGUGCCAUGAAGCACGCUUGCACAACGAGCUUUGAACAUCUCGCUUCAUGAAGCAAGCUUGUCAAAAGCGCCUUGGAAGCAUCCAUAUUAAUGUAUUACCCAAAACCUGCAUCCGAUACCACGUCAACAUCGUGUUCUACCUAGAAUCUGUGUUCGUGUUGAUGUGCAGCUAGAGUUCCCUGCAGUGCUAUGUAUGAUGCUGUGCUAUAUAUCAUGCCGUGCUGUGCUAUAUAUCAUGCCGUGCUGUGCUAUAUAUCAUGCCGUGCUGUGCUAUAUAUCAUGCCGUGCUGUGCACUCAUCACCGAUUUCACCUGCAGCGUGCAUUACGGCGCGAACUAGAAGGUAGUUUGCAGUCCAUAGUUGUAUUCAAAGUCGCGGUCAGCGUGCAGCUUGUUAGUCGCUGUAGUAUAGUUUUGUCAUAGGUACAUUUUGUUCACUGGACUGGGCAUGACUAAUUAUUCUUGCUCUUCAUACAUUUAUUUGAACAUUUCUUAGUGCCAUCGGUACAGUGAAACUAAACUUGCAGUGUGCAGUGGAUGGUUGUUCUCUAUAUGUUCUCUAUAUGAGCCUUGUUUUGUCUUGAGGCAGAUUUACUCGUUGCAUUUAAUUCCAACACAAUUACUGCGCCAUCUGUUACUGCCUCUACUUUCUUCGAGUUUGUCUCGGUCUUUGUUGUCUCUCCUUCAUGUUGUCCUGUACUGUUGAUUUUUUUGUUACUGACUUUGCGUGGUGGACGCAUGUACUCACAUUCCAGCCUCCAAAACUUUAUUGGAAAUAUUAACCGAAAUAUUAACUGUGAACCUCUUCUCAUUGUCCAGAGGCUUCCCCUUCUGUGUACCUCUGCUGAUUACCCUGUGGAUGCUCCUCUGUUACCUUUAUCUCUAAUAGUUUUUCGCUCUAAAUCCCACGUUUAAACAUGAUUCCGCAUGCUAAAUUCUGUGGUAUAAUUGGCAGAUCAAAUUUCAACCCUGAUGAAGGGGUAUUUAUUGGCUGUGAGACUUACUGUACGCGAAUCAUUUUACUGUGCACUUGGAAUUUGAAACCACUUUUACCUUGAACAAACGGCAAUUGCGUCCUCGUGUCAAGAUUUUCUGUACGCAGUAAGUCUAAAUUUUGGCCGUAUUUCUGGUAUAUUUGUCGACCUAUUAGCAGCUUACCCGUGCCCUCAUCCCUUCAGAACCUUACACAAUCAAUUUUCUUUCAAUAAUGUUUCGUUUCUUCUUGCCAUUCCUUAAUUUGUUUCAUCGAUCCUUCACUGCUUCCUCAGGUUGUGUCAGUGACUCAGAAAUCUUAGGGCAACUCUUUAGGGUUGUAUACGACUUUAUCAGCUCCUUAAAGCACCACUUGAGUUUCCAGCUCUUAAUAUAUUCGGUUCCAUGAGUCGAACGAGAAGAGUUAAAUGAGUUAAAGAUCAGAUGUCAAUUCUGCCUUCAAGACGCGACGGUCAUGCUUAUCGUCUCUGAAUAACCCCGCCACCCUCCUCGUAAAGAACAAAUCCUCUUUUAAUGACUAAUUCUCACUCUCGCACUGAACUAAUCACUCUUAAGCUUAGAGGGAAACUACGUACACUUACAAGUUCUCUACCUCUGCAUGGAACGUUUGCUAAACGUCCCUGUUGACUAGCAUGGUUCUUGGUUUGCCAUGGCUAUUAGCAUUGAAGGCAAACGUUUGUUUGCUCGCUGGCUGCAUUCGAAUUGCGUUUGUUUUAUCUCUGGUUGAAUUCAGGAAACAAUACGAUCAAUUGUUUGCCAUGUCCAUUGUUAUCACAUGUUAAAAAGUCGUGUGGAUAGAAUAAAUCUCGAUCUGACGUAGA